CGGUGGUAAUAAUAUCUAAAAACAAUAGGUUGUGCAAAAAUAAGUUGUUAGUUACCUACUGCCUGAACAAACUGAACUAAACCAUUUUGAAAGUGCUGAAGUGAAAAACGUAUUUAUGUAACCAGUUUUUCAGUUGUUAUGAAAUGAAACUACUGUGGAAGUGAAAAUAAAAUGUUAAUUAACUGUGUUCAUUUAUAUCGCUAAUAAGAUCGUACAAUAAACGAUACGAUUAUCACAGUGACUAUUAACGUUGGAAUUUCUGAAAAAUUAAGGUGGCGUGACAGCCGAGACAAAUGUGGCUGCAGCCUGGCUGACCAAUGGCGGGCAAGGUGCUGCGAGCCAUAACACGGCGGAAGGUCUUUCAACCUGAUCAGCUAGAAGCUGGCAAUUUGAGAAGAUGUCUGAGCGUCUGGGACCUAACUUCACUGGGCAUAAGCGCCACGUUAGGCGUGGGCAUCUAUUACCUGGUGGGUUCUGUGGCGCUGGACGUCGCUGGACCAUCGGUCGUGCUCUCGUUCUUCAUCGCUGCCGUUGCGUCUCUGUUUGCGGGCCUAUGCUAUUCGGAGUUCGGAGCGCGAGUACCGCGAGCGGGGUCGACCUACAUCUACACGUAUGUGACCGUGGGAGAACUGCUCGCCUUCAUCAUUGGAUGGAACAUGAUACUUGAGGCCUUGUUCGGCGCAGCGAGCGUGGCUCGCGGUCUCAGCCUCUAUGUAGACCUGAUGGUCGGUAAAACCAUGUCGCAGUGGUUUACGGCGGUCGCGCCAUUGCACUGGGACCUGUUGGCGACCUACUUCGAUUUCUUCGCGUUUGGGGUUGUCAUCGCUUUUGGAGUGCUUCUCGCCUUCGGGGUCCGCGAGUCAGCAACAGUGAACAACGUUUUCACCGCACUAAACAUGAUUGUCAUCGUUUUUAUCGUCAUCGCCGGCUCCUUCACUGCCGAUCCGAACAACUGGUUCAUUCCCGAGUCAUCAGUCCCACCCUCGUUUGGGACUGGCGGUUUCUUUCCCUUCGGAGUGUGGGGGACGCUUCGUGGUGCCGCCGUCUGCUUCUACGGGUUUGUGGGGUUCGACAGCAUUAACGCUACCAGCGAAGAGGUAGCGAACCCUCGGCGUUCGAUCCCGCAGGCCAUUCUCUUCACGCUGCUGGCAGUGUUUCUGUGCUACGCUAGCGUGUCCAUUGUGGUCACAAUGAUGGUGCCUUACUAUUUGCAUGAUUCAUUGGCGUCAGUGGCGACGGCGUUUACGUAUGUGGGCUGGGAUUGGGGGCGGUGGGUGGUGCUCGUCGGUGCCAUCUUUGGCAUUUCGGCCAGUUUGUAUGGGUCAAUAUUCCCCCUUCCGCGACUGCUGUACGCCAUGGCGUCUGACGGGUUGUUCUUCCACUGGUUCAAGAGGAUCAGCAAGAACAAGAAAUCGCCGGUCAUUGGAACACUCAUACCGUCUGUUGUCAUAGCUUUAUUGGCAGGUCUGCUAGAACUACACGCGUUGGUCAUGAUGAUGUGUGUGGGUACCCUCCUGUCGUACACCAUUGUCGCUUCAUGUAUUAUAAUACUCAGAUAUCGUUCAGAAAAAGUCGCAACUGGAUCGAAAGGCAUUGUAAAGCAAAUGUUAAGCUGUGGGAGUCGAGAAGCCACCGAAAGCAGCUCACGACUGGUUAACAUUGUGUUGAGUUUAUACCUACUCAUGUCGGUGAUCGCUGUGCUGGUGACGGUUCACAUCACCACCAGUAUCGUCUGGUACAUCGCGCUGCAUGUCGUGGUCUUGAUGCUGAUGCUUGUGAUAAUGAUGCAGCCGCAGACCAAGGAGAAAGUCUCUUUUAUGGCUCCUUUAGUUCCACUGAUCCCGUGUCUAAGCAUCUACAUCAAUAUCUGCCUCAUGGUCUUGAUCAACGUGCAAACCUGGAUUCGUGUCGGGAUCUGGGUCCUUUUAGGUAGUGUUGUUUAUUUUAUCUGCAUCUGUUGUUACAAGCGGAAUAUGUACGAUGAUACGCACACACACAAGAAUGGGAAACCUCCUGUUCAGAUCAUCAUCGAGUCCCCAACCCCUCCUGAUACUAUCGCUGGAAGUAGUAACAAAAGAGGCGAGGUCCAUCACACUGAACAAGAAAUGAGCGAAAUAAGACCAGCCAGUCCUUUCGAAUUGAAGGAAAAAGUUGUAAGAAAUGUCAUCCAGGAGGAAGUGAUAGUGCAACAGGCUACUAUUAUAGAAAAUAGUGACGAAAAAGAAGCUAACAUAAUCGAUUUGCUUGAUCAAGUAUUACAAGCAGAAGAAGACACAUACAGUGUGAGAGGAAUAGAUACCUAUGGAGAAAUGACGGAAAAGGAAGACGAUGUAAUAAUAGUUUCAACAUCACCCGAAUGCAUACCGCAUAGAAAGAGCCUUAGUGAGUUAUCGGAUGCCGGGUCAGAUGCAUCGUUGGGUAAUCAAGUGUUAUCUAAAUAUGAUGUGAUAGCGCAAGUCCACAGAGAGGACCUACCAAAGUUAAGUGAAGAGGAUGAUCACAACGAACAAGUUCUAAACGAAGAAAAUGAACACGAACAAGUUACCGCUUUCAAUGACAGCGAUACCAAUUCUCAAACUGACGAGUCUGGAUACUCAGACACUAUAGAUAGAACGGCGUUAACAGAGUCUGUUGAGGAAAUCAAAGAAGAUAUUCCCAUCAUUCCAGAGCCCCCACCUUUUCCUUAUGAUGAAAAUUUAUUCAUAAGCCCUAAUUUUAAGAAAGCGCACACCAUUUCUUCUAGACCCAAACAGAAACUUCAAGUAUCAGAUCAAGAAGAGGAGAAGCAUAGAGAAAGCAUUAAAUCUAACAGUUCUCAAGAUGACACUACCAUCACAUUUGGUAGUGACCGACAGGUAAACUUCAUGUCUAAGCUGUCGCAAAUAUAUCAAACUAAAAUAGCAGAUCACGACGAAGAACAGACUGUUAAGCCAGGCAGACGGUCACAUUCCACUGGCAAUGUGAUAGAGAAUACUGAAUACGAUAUGACGAAUCGUGAACGACCUCAGAUUUUCUUAGACAUGAAAAAGGAACUACUGGCAGCUUCUCGACCAAGUUUACGGCCAGUAAAUAAAGAAGAACAAGAGGCUGAAGAGAGUGAAAGUGAAGAAGAAACGAGUAUGAGUAGAGAAGAUUUGAAGAGCAAGUUGGAGAAUAUAUUUGCUGCUGGUGGUCCGAUGCUUCUAAAGCCUAGGCUGAUGAAGUCAAAUCCACCGACUCCAGAAGAGUCCUACCAUACAGAUGUGUCAAGCACAGAGAGUAUAGCCAAAAGUCCCAAAUUGGACAAGAAUGAUACCAUAGGAAGGCAGAAGGUCAAAUUCGGUGAAGUGCUCAACUCUUUUCGGUUAAGUUUGAACAAAGACGAUGAAGUGUAAAUGUUAUUUAAUUGUAGAACUUUUUAUAUGUAAUUGCCAGAAUGAUUCCGAUAAAUGUGCUUGCAAGUGGUUUAUUACUGCAUUUGGGUAUUAUAAACCUAGUCGUAUGUUUAAGUGCCUUAUUUAUGUAUUUUCCAAUAAGUGUUCUAUUAAAAAAGUACGAAUUUAGAAAGGAAAA